UUAUGAGUUAUGAGGAAUCCAGCGCAGCAAUUAAAUGGCUGUCGAAAAGCAAUAUAUAGAGUUGUAUUAAAUGCAGCAGCUAAUUACCCCCACCAACUUCCUUUGGCCCUCUCAAGAAAACAUAACAACACUCACUCUAAUUUCCCUCCCUUUUCCUUCCACAAAUGGAGAAUUCCCCAUCUCAUCCUUCCUCUUCUUCUCUUCAAUGUCCUCCUUCAACCCCUUCUCUCCUCCUCCACCCACUGCCACCACCACCCCUUACCUCACCAACCUCGGCUUCGGCUACUCCAUCGCCAUCGCCCUCGGCGUUCUCUUCCUCCUCUCCACCCUCAUCCUCUCCUCCUACCUUUGCUGCCGCACCCUCCGCCGCCGCAACAACAACAACAACCGCCGCCACACCCCCGAUGGCGUCGUGCUCCCGCGCGUGAUCUUCGUACCCGAGGACGAGGAUGACGACGACGACGACACCCGCCAGAACGACGUCGCCACCGGCCUCGACCAGGCCGUCAUAAACUCCUACCCCAAGUUUCCAUUCGUUAAGGAAGGUAAUUACGACAGCACAUGCUCGAUCUGUUUGUGCGAGUACAAGGAUUCGGAGAUGCUGAGGAUGAUGCCAGAGUGUCGACACUACUUUCAUCUCUGUUGUCUCGACCCAUGGCUCAAGCUUAACGGGUCCUGCCCCGUUUGCCGGAACUCCCCCAUGCCGACGCCGCUGUCCACGCCGCUGCAGGAGGUCGUGCCGCUCUCGCAGUACGCCGAUGCCAGGGCGAGGAGGUGAAUUUGAAUUUGAAUUUUCUUCUCCGGUGUAGUUUGAGUUCAGUGGGGAAGUAAAAGGAGAAGCAUUUAAAUGUUUUUAGUUGUUUUUCUUAUCAAAAUUCGAGUUUUAUCUCGACCAUCAUAAUAAAAAGUAGUUCAUGUUUAGAUGUUGGUGUAGAUUGUCGAGGUAAGACUACAAUUUUGAUUAGAGAAUAGUACUAAAAACAUUUAAGAAAAAAAUUGUAUCUAAAUUUUCUGCAAAAUGUAAAUCUUCCCUGUAGACGGGAGAUGGUGAUUCUUUUUUUUUUUUUUAAUUCUGAGGAAGAAAAAUGAGGUGGUGGUGGUGGUGGGAGCAUGUGUAGGAUUACAAGGCAAUUUCAGGAGGGUUUGAAUUUUGAUUAUGUGAUUCUAUGGUGUUAGCAAGUGUUUUGCGGGUUACUGAGUUAUUUAUUGGUAAUGCACAGAAAUGCCGAAUUUCACUUUUUUAGGGAAAA